GACAUCGAGCACAGUGAUUCUGCGGCGGCCGUCGACAGCGUCGUCGUCGUCGACAGCCAGCGACGAGAACGUGCCAGUGAUCAGCGACCGGGCGACCGGCUACAUCCUCGAGACAUACGGUCUGCCGGUGCGCACGAUCGGACAGGGCACGGGCGGGUUUGUGAAGCUGCACCAGGCGUGCGACGGGCGGUACUACGCAGUCAAGACGUUUCACAUUCCCAGACACAGAGGACCGCAGCAAGAUGUGCACCAAGGGCAUGAACUGCCGGCAGUGGAAGCACCUGCUGGACGAGGCGAGCUUCAGCCUGUCGCUGCAGCACCCGAACGUCAUCCGCACAUACCAGUUCGUGCGCGAGGCGGACGGCACAGUGUACAGCAUCAUGGAGUACUGCGAGAAGGACCUGUUCACAGUGGUGCAGGAGGGCUCGCUGACGGCCGAGGACAUUGACCGGCUGUACUUCCAGCUGCUGUCGGGUAUUGCGUAUCUGCACGAUGUGGCGCACGUGGCCCACCGUGACAUGAAGCUGGACAACCUGUGUGUGGACGAGGACGGCAACCUGAAGAUCAUCGACUUUGGGUGCUCGUCGACGUUCGACCCGCUGGCGCCGGCGCAGACGCGCGGUGUCGACGUGUGGGCCACGGCGGUGAUCUACCUGGCGAUGGUGUCGGGGCACUUCCCGUGGGAGGUGGCCAAGUCCGAGGACCCCAACUACGCGCUGUACCUGAAGUACCACGGGCGCGUGAUUGACCACUGGCUGCCCAAGGACAAGGCGGCGAACCCGCUGAUCAAGCAGAUGCUGAUGAUCGACCCGGCGAUGCGGCCCACAGUCGACGAGCUGAUGCACGACCCGUGGGUGGCGUCGCUGGAGGAGCGGUUCGGACACGCAAAGUCGCGCACCAGCAGCACGGUCUCCAAGACCACGCUGAUCGGGCUCGCACAGACCACCAAGCAGCAGGAGCUGACAGGCAUCUACACCCACCCCAACUCGUCGACGUCGACCGUCAGCUCGGGGCUGUCGCUCUCGAGCGGGUAUUAAGCGCGCCUCCUUUUUUAAAUGUACAUACUUUAUUUAGACUGAACAGUGAAUGAAUUAUCCUCAGCAAAAUCGUGCAUAUGCGGAGUGACUGUUGCGAUCGCGAAGCACCGCACGUUUCCCCCUUCCGCUGUUGGUGUCCAUUGACCAGGCCCACUAUUUUCCGCACUAAUGCCGCAGCCAACCGCCGGAGUGCGGUGCGGAGUUUGGGUGAGGCCAUGUCCGCGAAUUCCCGGCUUUGCUUAUCAUCUGCAUUGGCCGCAGGGCCCCGUCCCUUCAUGCGGAUCACCUGAUACUGCAACUGACAGCACCCAUUUCCCAAUUGCUGAGCCCCCUGGAGCAGCUCACGCUGGCAGAGGCGGGGAGGGUCAUGCUGCG